UCAGAGCAGUUAUAUGUACAACAUAUUGAAAGUGUUGUUAAUAAAAGAUUAGUGCCGAUAUCUGUUAUUAUUAACAGAAAAGUUUUUGAAAUGGCUCAGAGUGCUUCCUUGUUAUCACGCAUAGUGGCUUCUUCUAUAUCUGCUACUGUGCGAGCUGGUAAAAUUAUAAGAGAUGUUAUGAGUCAAGGAGCUCUAAAUAUAGUAGAGAAGGGCAAAAAUGAUUUACAAACUGAAGCUGAUCGUUGUGCACAAAGGUGUAUUAUUGCUUCAUUAAGCUCUCAAUUUCCAAAUAUCACUAUUAUUGGUGAGGAAGAAUCAUCUAACUGUGAUAUACCAUCUGAUUGGGUUGUGACAGAAGUGGAUGAAGAAGUACUAAAAUUAAAAUUACCAUCAAAUCUGGAAAACAUUGAUCCUAAAGACAUAUGUGUUUGGGUCGAUCCAUUAGAUGGAACAUCAGAAUAUACACAGGGACUUGUAGAACAUGUUACAGUUUUAGUGGGAGUGGCAAUUGGAAAAAGAGCAGUUGGAGGUGUGAUUCAUCAACCAUAUUAUAAAAAUACUGAUAAUGAUGUUGUAGGACGUACUAUUUGGGGUAUUAAUGGUGUAGGAUUUGGGGGAUUCUCGCCAAUUGCACCUGUAGAUAGAAAGAAAAUAAUUACAACUACACGUUCACAUUCAGAUAGUAACGUUCAGGCAGCUAUAAAUGCUUUACAUCCUGAUGAAGUUUUACGUGUUGGAGGUGCAGGAUACAAAGUAAUACUGUUAAUGGAGGGAAAGGCUCAUGCGUAUGUAUUUGCUAGUAAAGGCUGCAAGAGAUGGGACACCUGUGCACCUGAGGCUAUUCUUCAUGCUAUUGGUGGUACACUAACUGAUUUUCGUGGAGAAUAUUAUUCGUAUGAUGCGAAAACAUCACACCCGAACGUACGAGGCGUGUUAGCUACUGCUCCUGGUGAGAAUCAUCAAUGGUACUUGAGUCAGAUACCACAAGAAGUAAAAGAUAAAUUAAAACAGUAAUGUAUAUAAUUUGU